AAAUAUUUUAAGCUCUCAGUUUCAGAUUGAUGCUUCAUAUUCUCAGUUGAGGGGAGGAGAUCUAUGGUGCUGAGGGCGGGCUAUCCUCAUUGCUCUCCAGUUUGCUAAAUGCUCGCAGAGUAAAAAGACUUCAGAAACAUAUCUGGCAAACAGAUCAUUUCAGUUCAUCUGUUGGAUAUUUGGAGGAUCUAAAGCAACAGCAUGUUUCCACUGGCAUUCGGCUUCUUAUUUUUGUCUUUAGGUCAAAGCUCGGCACACUCCCCAGAAAACGGCUCCGUGUUGCUCCCUCGAACUUUCUCGGGUCACUUAGUCCUGGUAACUGAAGAACCCGUGGACUACAUUGACCUGUCUGUAUUGGACAGUUUGCAUGAUGAUGAUGAUGAUGAUGAUGGCUCAGGUUUUGAGACGGAGCAGAAGCCAAUGACAAAACACAGCCAUCGCCAUCACCUGAAAAAGCACUAUGUCGUCUCUGAGGAGGCCAAAGAGUUUCUCCAGGGUCUCCUGGCAACAACCUUCAUCCCCACCAUUUACACCCUGGUCUUCAUCAUCAGCGUGCCGCUCAACCUUCUAGCCCUGGUGAUGUUUGUCCGCCGUAUUCGUCCCAGGAAGCCUGCGGUGAUCUACAUGCUGAACCUGGCUUGUGCUGACCUUCUGUUUGGCCUGCUCCUCCCCUUUAAAAUCGCUUAUCAUUAUCAUGGCAACAACUGGAUCUAUGGGUCCUUCAUGUGCAGGGUUGUGACAGCAGCUUUCCAUUGCAACAUGUACUGCUCUGUGCUGCUCGUCAUGUGCAUCAGCAUGGACCGUUUCCUGGCCGUGGUUUACCCCAUGAACUCCCUGACGUGGCGAAGCCCUAAGACUGCUGCAGCGAUCUGUGCAGCCAUGUGGCUCCUAUCCCUGGGAGGAGUGUCCCCCCUCCUGAUCUCGGGACAGACGUUACAUUUACCAGACCUUGGAAUUACUACCUGCCAUGAUGUGCAGGAUGUGGAAACCCUACAAUCUUACUAUCUCUACUUCUUCCCAAUAUACUCCUCCAUUUUCUUCUUCAUACCCCUCUUCUUCACUAUUUUCUGCUAUGUUCGAAUCAUUAAGGCUCUGGCAGUAGCCAAUGUGGAGAACUGCUCAAAGAAGACUCGAGCUAUUGUGAUGAUUGUGGUGGUGCUGCUUGUGUUUGUGAUCUGCUUCAGUCCCACGAACAUCAUCCUGAUGGUUCAUUAUGUUCAGAUCAGCCACACAUCCAGUGAUGGCUCCUACCAGGCAUACCUACUCUCUAUGUGUAUAGGCAGUCUCAGCUGCUGUCUGGAUCCACUCCUCUAUUACUACGGCUCCUCUCAGUGCCAGAAGCAGGUGGUGGCAGUGUUUCGGUGCACCAGACUGAGAUCAUCAGGGAGCACCUUGGACACAGGCCGCACAUAUACAAGUGGAUCAAGCUACAGAUCCCGUAAGAUGGAAAGCAUGCAUACUGGCCUGGGAGGCCAGUACAACAAGCUGGUGGUUUAGAGAAACAGACAUGAGGAGCCUCUUUCUAAAAAAUAAUGCAAACUUUCACAUAUAGCCCCUUGCAGAGCAAUUUAUCAUGUUCCAGCCAACAAAUGUAAUUUAUUGUAUUGGAGUUUCAUGCAAUAAAGUACUACAAAGUGGUGCAUGAUUGGGAACUGGAAGAAAAAGUAUAUGUGGCUUUCAGUUAAAAGGAUAAAUAAAUAGCUGUUUUAUUCAGCCCCUCUGAGGCAGUAUUUUGUACAAACAUCCUUUCACUGUAAUUACAGCUACAAGUUUUUAGGUCUGUGUCUCUACCAGCUUUGUGCAUCAAACAACUGAAACCUUUGCCCAUUCUCCUUGCAAAACACCUCAGGCUCAGUCAGAUAAGAUGAAAAAGGUCUUGGAUGGAGAACAUCUGUGAAAGGGACUUUUCAAGUCCUGCAAAGGAUUCCCGGUGAGAAUUUAGGUCCGGACUUUGACCCAGGCCAUUUAAUCACAUCAAUAUGCAUUGAUCUAUUCUCGUGUUUUAGCUCUGGCUGUGUGUUUAGGAUCGUAAUCUUGCUGGAAGGUGUACCUCCUCUUUCAGAGUUGACCUGUAUUUAGCUCCUCUAUCCUUUAUGAAGAAAAGCGUACCCACAGAAUGAUGCUGCCACCACCCUGUUUCACCAUGGGGAUGGUGUGUUAAGGGUUAUAGGCUGUUUUCCACACACAGUGUUUUGUAUUUUUCCUUUCAUGACGGCGAGUUUGUGUCCCUACGUGACUUGUGGUAAAAUGCAAGCAGGACUUCAUGUGGCAUUCUUCAACAAUGUCUUUUCUUCAGACACCUUUUCAUAAAGGUCAAGUUUGUAGAGUGCGUGAUUAAUUGCCAGCAGAUUCCUCCCAUCUGAGCUGUUGAUUUGCAAAUCAUCCAGAGUUAACAUGUGCCUCUUGGCUGCUGGCCUGUCAGAUUAGCUGAAUGGCCAUGUCUGGGUAGGUUUGCAGUUGUUCCAUACUUUUAAUGUUCUUGGUUGAUAGAUGUUGUUCAUAGAGCAGCAGAAAAUUAUUAUAGAUAGGUGGACUUUAUUUACAAAUUUGGUCUGAUCUGAAGGAAGUUGGUUGGAUGAAAUUUUAUUGGGGAUGUCAGAGUAAAGGGGGCUGAACACACACCCCAAUUUUCAGAUAUUUUUAUGUAAAGGGAAAAAAACCUUCCACUUCACACUGAUGGACCGCUUGGUGUUGGUCUUUUACACACAAUUACAAUAACAUACAUUGAAGUUUGUCCUUGUAAUGUGACAAAAUUGUAAUGUGAAAAAGUUAUAUUAGUGAUCAAGUUGAAUCAAAGGAAAUCCAUGCUUUUGGUUUGGGGUUUGCAGUGAAAGCUUCUACUGUGUAUUUACCAUAUAACACUGAAACUGUCAUUGAUUUUGCCUUCAUGUUUUAUACUCUCUGAAUCAAACCAUACUUCUGUAUCUGUUAAUGUCAUAUGAAUUACAGGUUGUAAACAUGAUUUGUAGUCAUAAUUGUAAUAUUUUGUUGACAAAACAUGCAGUUGAUGAUUUUGACUGUUUUUGCGAGAAAAACCAAACAGAAAUCAUUUAAAUUAUUUCCUUUUUAAUGGUUAGUGACCGUGGGCUCUGCAUCCGAAAAAAAUGGACUUGGCCUUUUCUCUCUUUCCUCACUUCCUGAAUGUUGUAAUUUUUCUUAUUUGUAAUGAUACUGACACAAAAUAACUAGAUGAUAGUUAAACAAUAUGCACCGAAAUCUUUGUUCUGAGGCAAAUUUGUCAAAUCUUGGUUAAGGGGAAGUUGACAAAAAUUCAGAAUUUC